GCCGGGGCCCAGCUGAGGAGGGAACCGCCGGCCGCCCGGCCGGACCGGACCGAACCGGAUCGGACCGGACGGGACCGGAAAGGACCGGACCAAACAGCAGCAGCAGCAGCAGCAGCAGGAGGAGGCGGCGGCGGCGGCGGGGAUUUCAGGAAGGGAAGAUGGAGCGAGCCAGUGGCCGGAGCUUCAUGCAAGUUCUGUGUGAAAAGUACAGCCCGGAGAACUUCCCUUACCGCCGGGGUCCCGGGAUGGGAGUCCACGUUCCAGCCACACCCCAGGGCUCCCCCAUGAAAGACCGCCUCAACCUCCCGAGUGUCCUGGUUUUGAACAGCUGUGGAAUCACCUGUGCAGGAGAUGAAAAUGAAAUUGCCGCCUUCUGCGCUCAUGUGUCGGAACUAGAUCUUUCAGACAAUAAACUUGAAGAUUGGCAUGAGGUCAGUAAAAUUGUGUCAAAUGUUCCCCACUUGGAGUUUCUAAACCUGAGUUCCAACCCUCUGAAUUUGUCGGUUUUAGAGAGAACGUGCGCCGGGUCCUUCUCUGGGGUUCGCAAACUCGUCCUCAACAACAGCAAAGCAACCUGGGAUACAGUCCAUACGCUUCUGCAGGAAUUACCAGAGUUGGAGGAACUCUUCCUGUGCCUUAAUGACUACGAAACAGUGUCUUGUUCUUCUGUUUGCUGUCAGUCUCUCAAGCUACUCCAUAUAACUGACAAUAACCUGCAGGACUGGACGGAAAUCCGCAAGUUAGGAGUUAUGUUCCCUUCGCUGGACACCCUCAUCCUGGCCAAUAAUCACCUGACUGCCAUCGAGGAGCCGGCCGACUCCCUGGCCAGGUUGUUUCCCAAUCUGAGAUCCAUCAGCCUCCACAAGUCAGGUCUGCAUUCCUGGGAAGACAUCGACAAACUGAAUUCCUUCCCCAAACUUGAAGAAGUGAGGUUACUUGGGAUUCCUCUUCUCCAGCCGUACACGACCGAAGAACGCAGGAAGUUGGUAAUAGCCAGGUUGCCCUCAGUUUCCAAACUCAAUGGCAGUGUUGUUUCUGACGGAGAGCGGGAGGACUCUGAGAGGUUUUUCAUUCGUUAUUAUGUGGAUGUUCCCCAAGAGGAAGUGCCCUUCAGGAUGAAUUUCUCAUCGCUACUUAGAAUUUGGGUCUCUUUCAUCUUCACACUUGCGCAGCACAAAGCUCAACCCAUGGAGAUCAUGUAUCCCUUCUGGCAGAAUGAUACCAAGACCCCCAAGGUGGAUGAUGGGAGCUCAUCGGAGAUCCAACUGGCCAUCCCGGUGUUCUUCUUCGGUGUCCCCUACAGGACGGUCUACGUCAACAACAACGGGGUGGUGUCCUUCAAUGUGCCAGUGAGCCAGUUCACCCCAGAGGCCUUCCCCCUGACUGAUGGCCGGGCUUUCAUUGCCCCGUUCUGGGCCGACGUCCACAACGGCAUCCGGGGGGAGAUCUACUACCGAGAGACCCUGGACCCCGUGAUCCUCAAGAGAGCCUCCAGGGACAUCAGGAAAUACUUCAAAGACAUGCCCACUUUCUCGGCCGUGUGGGUGUUCAUUGUCACCUGGGAGGAAGUGACGUUCUAUGGAGGCAGCAGCACCACGCCGGUCAACACCUUCCAAGCCGUCCUGAUCUCCGAUGGGACGUUCACGUUCACCCUCUUCAAUUAUCACGACAUCAACUGGACCACCGGUACGGCUAGCGGAGGAGAUCCCUUGACUGGAUUGGGAGGUGUGAUGGCUCAGGCUGGAUUUAACGGCGGGAACCUCACCAAUUUCUUCAGCCUCCCAGGAUCCCGCAGCCCUGACAUCGUGAACAUCGAGGAGACGACCAACGUCAAUGUCCCCGGACGCUGGGCGUUCAAAGUGGACGGGAAGGAAAUCGACCCCGCCAAUGGUUGCACCUCCAGAGGGCAGUUUCUCCGGCGAGGAGAGGUGUUCUGGGAAGAUGCAAACUGCACAAUCAAGUGCCGCUGUUUGGACUUCAACAAUGAGAUCUUCUGCCAGGAGGCCCUGUGUGGCCCGUACGAAGCCUGCGAGCCCAAGAACCGGUUCUUCCUCUGCUCGCCGCUGGAAAGUGCCACUUGCGUGGUGUUCGGGGAGCCGCACUACCACACCUUCGAUGGCUUCCUCUUCCACUUCCAGGGCUCCUGCGCCUACCUGCUGGCCCGCCAGUGCCUGCCUGCCUCCGGCCUCCCCUUCUUCAGCGUGGAGGCCAAGAAUGAGCACCGGGCCGGGGCCGCCGUGUCCUGGGUCAAGGAGAUCUCUGUGGAGGUCUAUGCCUACAAGAUCCUCAUCCCCAAGGGGAGCUACGGGAAAGUCAAGGUGAACGACCUGGUGACCUCUCUGCCCGUUGUCCUCGACCUGGGGGCCGUGCGGAUCUACCCGAGCGGCAUGUCCACUGCCGUGGAGACGGACUUCGGGCUUCUGGUGAUGUUCGACGGGCAGCACUACGCCUCCAUCUCGCUCCCGGGGUCCUACAUCAAUGCUACCUGUGGGCUGUGCGGGAACUACAACAAGGACCCACGGGACGACACCCUGAGGGCCGACGGGCAGCUGGCCGUGUCCGUGGCCGACCUGGGUGAGAGCUGGCGCGUCUACCACCCUGAACGGGAGUGCGACCCCGGCUGCCUGGACAAUUGCAGCCUGUGCGACGCGGCCACUGAGGCCCUCUACCUGGGCGACGACUACUGCGGCUUCCUCAACAAGACAGACGGGCCCCUGUGGGAGUGUGGGGCCGUGGUGGACCCAACCGCCUUCAUGCUCAGCUGUGUGUUUGACCUGUGCAGCAUCCGGGACAAUGGCACCCUGCUCUGCAAGGCCAUCCAGGCCUACGCCCUCGUCUGCCAGGCCCUGGGCAUCCCGAUCGGCGACUGGCGCGUCCAGAUCGGGUGUGAGUCGGUCGUGCAGUGCCCCGCCUUCAGCCACUACUCAGUGUGCACGAGCAGCUGCCCGGACACUUGUGCUGACCUGACGGCCUCGCUGUCCUGCACCUCCCCCUGCACUGAGGGAUGCGAGUGCAACCAGGGCUUCGUUCUCAGCGCGGACCAGUGCGUCCCGCUGCACCUCUGCGGCUGCGACGUGGGUGACCGCUACCACCCUGUGGGCGAGGUCUUCUGGGCUACAGCCAACUGCACUGUGCAGUGCCGCUGCGAGGAGGGUGGGGAGGCGGCCUGCGCUGGUGGCAGCUGCCGGGAAGAGGAGAUCUGCUCAGUGGAGGAGGGCAUCCUCGGUUGCUUCCCCAAGCGGGAGAGCCUGUGCCUGCUCAGCCAGAACCAGGUACUCCACACCUUCGACGGGGUCACUUACACCUUCCCCUCCGAGUACUCCUACACACUGCUGAAAACCUGCCCCGAGCGGCCGGACUACCUGGAGAUCGACAUCAACAAGAAAAGGCCCGACGUGGGCCCCGCCUGGCUCCGGGGCCUGAGGAUCCAGGUGGCCGACCAGGAGGUCAAGGUUGGAGGGGUUGGCGCGUUGGACAUCACGGUGAAUGGGGAGGAGGUGGACUUGCCCUACUUCCACCCGUCCGGGCGGUUGGAGAUCCGCCGGGGCCCGAACAGCACCACGGUGGAGUCCCGGGGCGUGGUCAGCGUCCAGUACUCGGACAUGGGACUGCUCCACAUCCGUCUGUCCACCGCCUACUUCAACUGCACACUGGGAUUGUGCGGCUUCUUCAACGACAACAGCAGCGAUGAGUUCUGCUUACCCAGCGGCAAGUGCACGGACAACUUGGCCGUGUUCCUGGACAGCUGGACCACGUUCGAGGAGAUCUGCAAUGGGGAGUGUGGGGACCUGCUCAAGGCCUGCAACAACGACUCAGAGCUGCUCAAGUUCUACCGCAGCCGGACCAAGUGCGGCCUCCUCAACGACCCCUUCAACAGCUCCUUUCUGGAGUGCCACGGCGUGGUCAACGUGACCGCCUACUACCGGACGUGCCUCUUCCGCCUGUGCCAGAGUGGGGGCAACCAGUCGGAGCUGUGCGACUCCAUCACCCGCUACUCCAGCGCCUGCAGGAAUGCCGAUGUGGAGGUCGGGCCCUGGCGGACGCUGGAUUUCUGCCCUCUCACCUGCCCUGAGAACAGCCACUUUGAGGAGUGCGUGGCAUGUGAGGAGACCUGCGAGACCCUUGGCACUGGCCCCAUCUGUGAGGACGCCUGUACCGAGGGAUGCCGCUGCGACGACGGCUUCGCCCUCCUGGGCGACCGGUGUGUCCCCCGCAGCGACUGUGGCUGCAGCUUCGAGGGCCACCGGCUCUUCACCAACCAGACCUUCUGGGUGGACCUGGACUGCCAGCUCUUCUGCUACUGCAAUGGGACGGACAACAGCGUCCACUGCGAGAGUGUCCCCUGCCGGGACGACGAGUACUGCAUGGAGCAGCACGGCCUCUACUACUGCCAGGCCCGCACAGAUGCCUCCUGCAUUGUCUCCGGCUACGGCCACUACCUGACCUUCGACGGCUUCCCCUUUGACUUCCAGACCAGCUGCUCGCUGGUCCUGUGCACCACCGUGCAGCGGCGAGGCUCGGACCCCUUCCCCGAGUUCACCGUCACGGCCAGGAACGAGGACCGGGACCCGUCGUUGGCUCUGUGGGUCAAGCAGGUGGACGUGGCCGUGUUUGGCUACAACGUGGUGAUCCACCGGGCCUACAAGCAUACGGUGCUGGUGAACGACGAGCGCCUGUAUCUGCCCCUGAAGCUGGCCCAGGGCAAAAUGAACAUCUUCGCCUUCGGCUUCCACGUCAUGGUGGAAACGGACUUCGGGCUGAAGGUGGUCUUCGACUGGAAGACGUUCCUGUCAGUCACCAUCCCGCGCAGCCUGCAGAACAGCACCAUCGGCCUCUGUGGCCGUUACAACGGCGACCCCGACGACGACAUGGAGACGCCCGCCGGCCUGGUGGCCUCCAGCGUGGCCGAGUUCGGGCAGAGCUGGGUGAGGAGGGACCCUUUGUGCCAGGUGGGCUGCGGGGACCGCUGCCCGUCCUGCACCAGGGUGGAGGGCUUCUCUAGGGUCCAGCAGCUCUGCGGCCUCAUCCCCAACCAGAACGCCGGCUUCGCCAAGUGCCACAGCAAGGUGCACCCGGCCUUCUUCUACAAAAACUGCCUCUUUGACUCCUGCAUCGAUGGGGGCGCCGUGCCCACGGCCUGUGGCUGGCUGCAGAACUAUGCCAGCGCGUGCCAGACCCAGGGGAUCGCGGUGAGCGGCUGGCGGAACUACACGUCCUGCGCUGUGACCUGCCCGCCCAACAGCCACUAUGAGAGCUGCGUGAGCGUCUGUCAGCCCCGCUGCGCCGCCAUCCGCCUCAAAAGCGACUGCAACCACUACUGCGUGGAGGGCUGCCAGUGCGACCCCGGUUACGUCUUGAACGGCAAGACCUGCAUCCUGCCCCAUAACUGUGGCUGCUACGCCGAUGGAAAAUACUAUGAGCCCAAGCAGCUGUUCUGGAACAGCGACUGCACUCGGCGCUGCCGCUGCUUCCGGCGCAACCUGAUCCAGUGUGACCCGCGGCAGUGCAAGUCGGGCGAGGAGUGCGCCCUGCGCCACGGGAUGCGCGGCUGCUUCAGCACCAGGACCCCCUUCUGCCUGGCAGCCGGUGGCGGCGUCUUCCGGACCUUCGAUGGCGCCUUCCUCCGCUUUCCCGCCAACUGCGCCUUCGUCCUCUCCACCAUCUGCCAGAAGCUGCCCGACAUCUCCUUCCAGCUCAUCAUCAACUUCGACAAGUGGUCCGCCCCCAACCUCACCAUCAUCUCCCCCGUCUACUUCUACAUCAACGAGGAGCAGAUCCUCAUCAAUGACCGCAACACCGUCAAGGUGAAUGGGACUCAAGUGAACAUCCCUUUUGUGACGGGCCUGGCCACCAAGAUCUACAGCAGUGAGGGCUUUCUGGUGAUCGACACGAGCCCCGAUAUCCAGAUUCACUACAACGGCUUCAGCGUCAUCAAGAUCAGCAUCAGCGACCGGCUACAGAACAAAGUGUGCGGUCUCUGCGGCAACUUCAACGGGGACUUAACCGAUGACUUCGUGACACUGCGGGGCAAGCCAGUGGUGAGCAGCGUGGUGCUGGCUCAGAGCUGGAAGACCAAUGGCAUGCAGAAGAGCUGCAACGAGCUGCAAUACUCCCAGUACGCGUCUACCUGCGACAACGUGCACAUUCAGAGGAUGCAGGGCGACGGCUACUGUCUGAAACUGACCGACAUGAAGGGGUUUUUCCAGCCCUGCUACGGGCUCCUGGAUCCCCUCCCAUUCUACGAGUCCUGCUUCCUGGACGGCUGCUACAACCAGCCAAAAUUCCAGCUGUGUGGCUCCCUGGCGGCCUAUGGGGAAGCCUGCCGCUCCUUUGGGAUCCUCAGCACCGAGUGGAUAGACAAGGAGAAUUGCUCAGGAGUGGUUGAAGAUCCCUGCUUGGGGGCCGACUGUCCCAACCGCACCUGUGAGCUGGACAACGGGAGAGAGCUGUGUGGCUGUAUCGAGCCCCCACCCUACGGUAACAACACGCACGAUAUCAUUGACGUGGAAGUGACAUGCAAGGCCUCCCAGAUGGAGGUGUCCAUAUCCAAGUGCAAGCUCUUUCAGCUUGGCUUCGAGCGAGAGGGAGUGAGGCUUAAUGACAGACACUGCUACGGCAUAGAAGGGGAGGAUUUCAUCUCCUUUCAGAUCAACACCACCAAAGAGAGCUGUGGAAACAUCGUUCAGUCCAAUGACACUCACAUCACUUACAAAAACAUGAUCUGGAUCGAGAGCGCCAACAACACGGGCAACAUCAUCACGAGAGACCGGACCAUCAGCGUGGAAUUUUCAUGUGCUUAUGAGCUGGACAUCAAGAUCUCCUUAGAUUCUGUCAUCAGGCCAAUGCUGAGUGUGAUUAACCUGACCGUCCCGACCCAGGAAGGCAGCUUCACCACCAAGAUGGCGCUGUACAAAAACGCCUCCUACAAACACCCCUACCGGCAGGGAGAAGUGGUGCUGACCACCCGUGACGUGCUGUACGUCGGGGUCUUCGUGGUCGGGGCCGACGCCACACAUCUGAUCCUGACUCUGAACAAGUGCUAUGCCACCCCAACCCGGGACAGCAAUGAUAAGCUUCGCUACUUCAUCAUCGAAGGAGGGUGCCAGAACAUUAAAGACAACACCAUCGGCAUCGAGGAGAAUGCUGUCUCCCUCACCUGCCGCUUCCACGUCACCGUCUUCAAGUUCAUCGGGGACUAUGAUGAAGUUCACCUCCACUGUGCGGUCUCCCUCUGCGAUUCGGAUAAAUAUUCCUGCAAAAUAAUUUGCCCACAAAAUUCAAGGAUUGCCACAGAUUACACAAAGGAGCCCAAAGAACAGAUCAUUUCAGUGGGACCUAUUAGGAGGAAAAGGCUAGACUGGUGCGAGGACAACGGCGGCUGUGAGCAGAUUUGCACGAGCAGAGUAGACGGGCCCCUGUGCAGCUGCGUCACGGGGACACUGCAAGAUGACGGCAAGAGCUGCAGAGCUGCUAAUUCUUCAAUUGAACUCCACGUCUGGAUAAUUCUCCUCAUUGUGACCCAGAUUUCACUAUGGCAUUUUGUCUAUAAAUCAGGCCCAACCUCAUAACUAACUCCAGGAUUCCAUUUAAAGUACUGUAAUUUACUUUCCUUCCAUUUCCUGUAGG